CAGUGAUUGGUGGCCUGCGUGAUUCUCUGUGCGUAGAAGGAAUACAGAUAAACAUGAAACCUUAAAUGUCAAAAUCCGCGUUGGCUCGCAGUUAAUAAGGAAUUGAAUCUCCAAGGCGUGUCUAUGGUUAUUUUUGAUUGGUUUACCAGUAAAGUCCAUGAGAAAGGUUGCCUGGUAUUGCUGAAUGAAUUUGAAACUGACUAUAGAGUGAGAGCGGCGUAUGUUCUGAAACUCAGGUCGGCUCUCCAGUGGAGCAGUGCAAGCUUCACUCUGUAGGAUGUAGGCAAGGAAUACUCAAUUCAUUACACCGGGACUAAGUAACUAUAAGAAUGGAUAUCGUCCAGUUUACGUCCGAUUGUCUGCGGGCGCACAACAAGUGUCGUUCGGAGCACGAUAGCCCAGAGUUGAACCUCUCGGAGGAUUUAGGCAACAAGGCACAGGAUUGGGCCAAUGUUCUCGCGGAAAAAGGAUACCCGCUUUACAGCGAAACACCCGGUCUAAGUGAAAACAUUGCCAUCUUAAACGGCACCCCGUCUGGUGAGGAGGUGACGAAGAUAUGGUAUAGCGAAUGCAAGAAUUAUAAUUUUGCCAAGCGAGUAUUUCAAAGAGAUUCUGCCCAUUUUACACGGAUGUUAUGGAAAAGCAGCACAGACAUGGGAAUCGGCAUAGCCAAACUUCCAAACAAGGACAAAUACGCCAUAGUUGUCGCAUAUAGACCAGCGGGAAAUAUCAACUUCUCCGGAGACUUCGGGAAAAAUGUCGCACCACCAAAGAGUCUGUCGCAUGAACAGCAUGAAGCGUAGGGCAGCAGAUCGCCUAUUUAUCAGCAACUCCGCACCAGAGGCGACACUGUUGCUCUUUCCGGUCAAAAGACCUGACCUCUGGUGUCAAGAUUUUUGCAGCCAGUAUUAACCACACAACUAAACGAGACCCCCUCACAUAUUUUCUUAUGUAUGGGGACACAUAUGUUAACGUAUUUCGGUAUACUAUGUAUCCUGAAGUCUGUGAUAUUAAAUUCAUCCGUUCUUCAUAACACAAUGUCGGUUCGUCUGUAUUGGAGAGGUUUACAGGCAAUAAGAUUGACGUUUACGGUAAUAGUAACGUCGUUGAGUUUCGCGUUACAA